AUGGCGAGUGCCGGGCAUCUGCUACUGCUGUCGUCACUGCUGUCCGUGUCCUUGGCCUGGGGGACCAAGAGCUUUUUCCUGUUCCAUAAGAGGAUGGGAGAGGCAUGCGAGGACCACGCCGAGUGCCAGAGCCGCUGCUGCGUCACCAGCAGCCAGAUGCCGCAGACGUUCUGCACGCCCAAGACCAUCCUCCUCAAAUGUCUGCCCUGGCGGAAGCCCAACAGGUACGCCUGCUCUGACCACGCCGAGUGCCGGAGCCGCUGCUGCGUCACCAACAGCCUGAACCCGCAGACGUUCUGCACGCCCAAGACCAUCUUCCUACAGUGUGUGCCUUGGCGCAAGCCCAACGGGGCCUAUUGCACCCACCACAAGGAGUGCCGGAGCCAGUGCUGCAUCAAGCUCAAGGAGGCCGGCCGCUACCGCUGCACCCGCCCGAGCGGGCUCCUGGCCCAGUGCCUGCCCUUGUGGGCGUCCCGUUCCGGGAGAGGCUCACACCUGCUGUCUGGAGACUGGCCUCCAGGUCCGUUUCGCGCGGACGAGGCCUCAGGAAAGGAAAGAGUGACAGGGAAGAAAAGCUGCAAGGGGGAACCAGCACGGACUUCGCAGAAGCUCACCUGGAUCUUGUGCCUGAGUUUGGCUGGGAGCUUAGCUCGUGGGUCCAUGCUGCUCUUUCUGGGCUGUGAAAACCUGUGA